GCCGCCGCCGCCCUCUCUCCCUCCCAGCAGGCGCUCCUUUUCUCUCUCUCCCAGUCAUCAGUCAUUCCGCGCCUGAGCCGAGGCAGCGGCGCCCGGGGAGCCUCCCUCCCGCCCUCUUUCUCUUCCUCGCAGACGGACUCGCGGGCUUGACUUACCCCAGCGGCUCCCGCGGUUGCCGGCCUCGGCCAUGGCCUCCAACAGCGGGCGGAGAGGCCGGGAGCGGGCGGAUCCCGCGGCGGCGGCGGAGGAAGAGCUGCCCGUCUACCUGGCGCGCCCGGGCACCGCCGACCAAGUGCCCCGCCAGAAGUAUGGCGGGAUGUUCUGCAACGUGGAGGGCGCCUUCGAGAGCAAGACACUGGACUUCGGGGCUCUCAGCGUGGGGCAGCGCGGAGCUCGCCGCGCCCCGUCGCGGGAGCCGGAGCCCCAAAAGCAGCAGCCCCCGAAGGUGGAGGCGGCCCCGAAGGAGCCCCCGGCCGGCGGCGUGGAGAUCCGCCCCCCCUCAGGCAAACAGCGGCUGCAAAACCUCGGCCUCGAGGAUUACAAGAGUGACCGUCUUCUUAUUAAAGGAGGAAGAAUAGUCAAUGAUGACCAGUCAUUCCAUGCUGACAUUUACAUGGAGGAUGGUCUUAUAAAGCAAAUUGGUGACAACUUAAUAGUUCCUGGAGGAGUGAAGACUAUAGAAGCCAAUGGGAGGAUGGUGAUCCCUGGUGGAAUUGAUGUCCACACUCACUUGCAGAUGCCAUACAAAGGAAUGACAGCCGUGGAUGACUUCUUCCAAGGGACAAAAGCAGCCCUGGCGGGUGGGACUACCAUGAUCAUUGACCAUGUUGUACCUGAACCAGAAUCAAGCCUGGUAGAAGCUUAUGAGAAAUGGCGAGAAUGGGGUGAUGGGAAGGCUUGCUGUGACUACUCACUGCAUGUGGACAUCACCCAUUGGAAUGACAGUGUCAAGCAGGAAGUGCAGACACUCAUCAAAGAAAAAGGAGUUAACUCUUUCCUGGUUUACAUGGCCUAUAAGGAUUUGUACCAGAUGUCAAACACAGAGCUGUAUGAGAUAUUUAGUUUCUUAGGAGAACUUGGUGCAGUAGCUCAGGUUCAUGCUGAAAAUGGAGACAUAAUCGCACAGGAACAAGCUAGGAUGUUGGAGAUGGGAAUAACUGGCCCAGAGGGUCAUGUGCUAAGUAGACCAGAAGAGUUGGAGGCUGAAGCGGUCUUCCGUGCCAUCACCAUUGCCAGCCAGACCAACUGCCCCUUGUAUGUGACUAAAGUGAUGAGCAAGAGUGCUGCUGAUCUGAUUUCACAAGCCCGAAAAAAGGGCAAUGUAGUGUUUGGUGAGCCAAUCACAGCCAGUCUUGGAACAGAUGGAACACAUUACUGGAGUAAGAACUGGGCAAAGGCUGCUGCAUUUGUCACCUCCCCACCUCUGAGUCCAGAUUCAACAACCCCAGAUUACAUCAACUCCUUAUUGGCCAGCGGGGACCUCCAAGUCUCAGGAAGUGCACAUUGUACAUUCAGUACAGCACAGAAAGCGAUUGGAAAAGACAACUUCACAGCAAUUCCGGAGGGGACCAAUGGUAUUGAAGAGCGGAUGUCUGUUAUUUGGGACAAGGCAGUGGCUACAGGGAAAAUGGAUGAAAACCAGUUUGUGGCUGUGACAAGCACCAAUGCUGCGAAGAUCUUCAACCUGUACCCAAGGAAGGGCAGGAUUGCUGUUGGGUCAGACAGUGACCUAGUCAUUUGGGAUCCUGAUGCAGUGAAAAUUGUAUCUGCUAAAAGCCACCAGUCAGCAGCUGAAUACAACAUAUUUGAGGGAAUGGAGCUGCGUGGAGCCCCACUGGUUGUCAUAUGUCAGGGAAAGAUCAUGUUUGAAGAUGGCAACCUUCAUAUAACACAAGGGACAGGACGUUUCAUUCCUGGCACCCCAUUUUCAGAUUAUGUCUACAAGCGUAUCAAAGCAAGGAGGAAGAUGGCUGAAAUGCAUGCUGUGCCAAGGGGCAUGUAUGAUGGGCCUGUGUUUGAUUUGACCACCACCCCUAAAGGAGGCACCCCUGCAGGCUCUACUCGGGGUUCUCCUACUAGGCAGACACCACCUGUAAGGAAUCUCCACCAGUCUGGAUUUAGCUUAUCAGGUGCCCAGAUCGAUGAAGGUGUCCGCUCAGCCAGCAAGCGCAUAGUAGCCCCUCCGGGGGGGCGUUCCAAUAUAACAUCUCUAAGUUAAGCUUCCGGUCAUUGGGAAAGAGAACGGAAAACCAUUAUUUGGGAAAACAGAGCAAUGGUACCUUGAUAUUUAAGAAAAAAAGAGCAAUGGAGAAUUCAGAUUUUGAAGAAUCAAUAAGCCUCAAGCCUUAUGUUUCAUAUGCUACUCGCUACCUAGCUUUAAAAAAAUAUUGCGGGUUUCUUUUUUUUUUCCUUCUUUUUUUUUAAUUCAUAGCCUUAAUAUUUUCCCCAUUUUUUUUUACAUGCAUGCAAAUCUGACAGGUGAUUAAGUUAAAAAUAUGUAAUUGUACACAGUGAGUGCUUGUGCGAUGAACUUGUGAGAAAGGGGAUGGAGAAAAGUGGGAACGACACAAGCAAGCUCUUUAGCCAGGGCGCUUGAACACUCAGCCAAGGCGUUCAGAAUGGGGAAGGGUGGGGGCAGAAGACGGUGGGCCGAGGUAGUGGGAGGUGGACUCGGGGGGGGGGGGCGGUAGAUCUUCGUAUUGUGUCCAUGUUCUUCUGUUUCCACUCAGUGCUGACAAGACAGAGAUGCCUCAGAACAGUCACGAGGCUGUUGGAAAACCCAACCAUCUUUGUAAUGGCUCUGUUGUAUCACAUCUUCCUGUUAGAAAUUUUACUACUUCGUACAUUUUAUUGAAUAAAAAGUUGAAAGACA